AUGUCGACGUCGACGCGCUCCUCCACAUGCCCACUAUCACAAUUUUCCGCUUGUGAAAUCUCAGAUGCCCUCAUAAAGCUCGGAUCUCCAAACGGAGGACACAUCCCAGACGUUCAUAUGCUCUCCCCAAGAUCCCAAGUCAAGAUCUGCGCACCAGCAUACACUGUCCAAAUGGUACUCGCAUCAGACAAAUCAGCCCCAAAGCUCUCCUCCCAUUUCGUAGACACCGCAACCCCAGGUUCUGUAGUCAUCGUCGACGCCCCACCUCGUUCAGUUUGUUCUACUCCCCGUUCUAUGUCCGAGCUUUCACACUCAUGUCUAUCGCGCAGAAGCAAGAAUGCCGUUUGGGGUGGUCUGAUGACUGCAGGCGCUCAAGCUCGGGGAGCUGUCGGCGUUAUUAUCUCUGGACGUUGCAGAGACCUCGCUGAACAUCGUGCAGCGGAUUUCCCGGUCUUUGCGCGUGGUCAUUCGACAGUCGGACAGUCCCCUUUCGUACGCCCGUCCGGUGUAAACGUCGCCCUCACCAUUCAUCCUAAAGACGCGGGCGACGGCCCAGAUGCAUUUGCCCCUGUCACAGUGACACCAGGGGACUGGAUCGUUGCAGACGAAGACGGUGUCGUUUGCGUGCCAGUGGAUAUGGUAGACAAGGUCGUGGAGCUUGCUAAGAAGGGAAAAGAGAUCGAUGCUAAAUGUAUGGCUGAUAUUAAAGCUGGCAAGGGCAUCCAGGCAUCUUUCAAGGAGCACAGGGGGAAAUAA